UGCUUCUUCUACUUCUACUACUACUACUACAAAAUCUGCAAUUAAAGCCAUUUUCACAAAAAUCUCUCUAUACACAUUUUCUGAUUACAUAAAAAAUAACUUUCUAUAAAUGGGAAUAUGUUUUUCAAAAAAAUCAACAAGAACAACUACAAGAAGAAGAGAUACAAGAAUAUAUUCUAAACGCAUUUCAAAUAAUUCCACUUCUUCUACUUCUUCAGGUUCAAUCAACAACAGCAACAAAUGUGGUUCUUCUGUUGUGAAUCGAUGGUCUCGUGUUCGUUCGUCGUCUGUUAAAUUCGACGAUCGUGUUCUUCAUGAACAAGCCAUUGCUGCUGCUAUUUUGUUUCAACAACACCAACAACAAAAUAAUAGUGGUGAUUUUGUUUUGCCAUUUGAUAGAUCAAUUUCUCUUAGGAAUUAUCAUCAGUCUGCUGUCGGCGUAAAUUCUAGGAGUUCGAGUACUAUUAGACGUCGUAAUUCUCUUAUCGAUAAUCCUGUUGUUGAUCUGGAGGUAAACCAUGAAGAAUUAGAGACAAGUCAUAUUGUCCUUAUACAUGGUGGUGGUUUUGGGGCCUGGUGUUGGUAUAAAACAAUAGCACUUUUACAAGAAUGCAAAUUUGAAGUCACUGCAAUCGAUUCAACCGCUUCUGGAAUUGAUCGGUUUGAUGCAAAUAGCGUCAAAAGUCUGUCACAAUAUGUGAAGCCACUCACAGAUUUUCUUGAAAAGCUUGCUGAUGGAGAAAAGGUGAUUCUGGUUGGCCAUGACUUUGGUGGCGUGUGCGUAUCAUAUGCGAUGGAGCUAUUUCCAGCUAAAGUUUCAAAAGCUAUCUACAUCGCUGCUUCAAUGCUGAAAAGUGGGCAAAGCACUCUCGAUAUGUUCUCAGACAAGGAGAAUACAAGUGAUCUAAUGAGACAAGCUCAAACAUUUUUGUACGCAGCUGGGAACACUAAGCCUCCUACCGCAAUAGAUCUUGACAAAUCGCUUUUGAAGGACCUUUUAUUCAAUCAGAGUCCUAAUAAGGAUGUGGCUUUAGCAAGUGUUUCAAUGAGGCCAAUUCCCUUUGCCCCAGUUCUCGAGAAGCUCUCACUUUCAGAUUCAAACUACGGGUCUGUCAGACGAUUCUACAUUGAAACACCUGAAGACAAUGCCAUACCCAUCUCUCUUCAACAGAUGAUGAUAGACGCAAGUCCAGUUGAAAAGAUUUUCCGUAUUAAAGGUGCUGACCACUGCCCGUUUUUCUCCAAGCCUCAAGCCCUACACAAGUUCCUAGUCGAAAUUGUAAAAAUCAAAUAAACAACGAAAUGAAGUCUGUUUGAUUUUGCAUAUAGCUCACAUUUUGACAUCAAUACAUCAUCCAGAAAAACUGGGAAUUUUUAGUUUACCUUCAUUUUAGCUAUACAAUCUGAUUUUUCAAAAGAUCAGAACCGUGUAGAGAUUUUGGAAGUUUUUUGGUUAAUGCUUUUGCGAUUUUGUUAGCAAA